GCAGGAGUGUGAUUUACAGAAUGAAGAAAAGUGGUAUAUGUCUGUUUGUAUUCGUGCUUCAACUGUUUCCUGUAAGAAACGUUGAUGGCCGACAAAUCCCUGACCGUAGACCAGUAACACGCCGGGCAAAAAUUUUGAUUCUCGGAGCAGGUGUUGCAGGAAUUGUUGCAGCAAAAACUCUGAAAGAAAACGGCAUAAAUGACUUCUUGAUCCUUGAAGCUCAGGAUUACAUUGGAGGACGUUUCAAACAGGAGUCAUUCGCAGGAGUAAAACUUGAAGAAGGAGCGAACUGGAUCCAUUAUGCUAGUGAUAAAAAGAAUCCUCUCUGGGAUCUUAAAGAAAAACACAAUCUGAGAGGGAUUUAUACCAACUACAGUGAUGUUAUAAUUAGAGACGAACGAGGGCGAGACAUCACAGACCGUCACUUACUGAAGCAGUUUGCUGAGGCCGAAGAGAAGCUCGAAGAAUUAUCAAGAGAAAGAUCUAACGAUCAGCGACCAGAUAUGUCCGUAAGGGCCGCACUAUCGACUGUUGGUUGGAGACCUGACACUCCAGCUAAGAGGGUUAUUGAAUACUCCGUCCUGGACUUCGAAUUCGCUGAAAAACCAAAGAUGGAAUCAUUGAGGGGCUUUGGAUCUCGCUCAGUCGACUUCUUUGUUGCUGAUCCUCGAGGAUAUGGAAGUAUCUUUCUAAACAUGGCAGAUGAUUUUAAAGACAAAAUCCUUUUGAACAAGGCAGUUAAGUCUGUUUUUUACAACCGCUAUGGUGUUAGAGUUAGUACCGCGGAUGGGGAGACAUACUUUGGAAGCUAUGGACUGUGCACGUUCAGCACAGGCGUGCUGUCAAGUAAUUCCGUCGCCUUCUCACCUAAACUUCCUCAGUGGAAAAUUGAAGCCAUUAACAAGAUUCCAUUGGCGCACUACACGAAAAUUUUCAUUAAGUUUCCCUUUAAGUUCUGGGACAGCCAUGAAUUCAUCUUGUAUGCUCACCGUGUCUGGGGGUACUACCCAAUAUGGAUGGACAUCGAGGCACGUGACAUUUUGCCAGGCUCAGCCAUCCUGCACGUGACUGUCACAGGUGAGAUGAGCCUCAAAGUGGAGAGUCAGCCGGAAUCGGAGACGCUGAAAGAGAUCAUGACAGAGCUGAAGAAGGUUUAUGGCGCCAAUAUCCCAGAGGCUGAAGGUAUAUUCUACAGUAAAUGGUCCCAAAACCCUUUUGUCCGUGGAUCGUAUGCAAACGCCGAGGUUGGAACUACUGCUGCAGACUUUCAUAACUUGGGAGGAAAGUUGGGCAAGCUAUAUUUCGCUGGAGACGCAGUUGAUCCCGAUUGGUGGGGAUUUGCACAAGGCUCCUACUUCUCUGGAGAAAAGAAAGCAAAGGAAAUCCUUCAAUGCAUGAAAAACAACUGCGAAUUAUUUUGGCCUAAAGCGAAUGUUGUUCAGGAAGUGUACACGAAUCCAUGACGCUGCUCUUCAAUUCAAAUGAUGAAUCGACCAUUGUUUUAUCAGAUCUUUGAAUGACUAUUUUAUCAAUGUAUAUUAUAUGAUUGGACACAUUGAAACUGACUGUUUUCUGUUUGCGUGCGAGUUCUGUAGCUUUUUUAUGUGAGAUUCUUGGAACUAGUAGAGGAGCUUGUUGCCAAGUAUUUCGUUUACAUCACAUGUUUUUUUAUCAACCAUCAUCACUUCUUUGUCAGUUUUUAGAUGAGAUUUAGUCACGAUUUCAAGGUAAAAUGUUUUAACUCGCUGUACUUUUCAUCACUGAAAUAAAAUGGUCAUCUAAAUUCUUAAGUACAUGAUCUCGCAAGAAUACUGACUCGCCCUAAGGUCGCUACCUACUGAGUUUUUCACUCGAAUGUUUUGUGAUCGUUGUGAAUGAUAACAAUCAAUGGCAGGGUUUGUUUCAGAAAUUAGUCAAAAAGGGCCCUAUAGGCUCCUUUAUUUAGUUUAGGGGGGCCCUGUUUAAAGAAAGGGGGCCCAAGAGAGGGGGUACCCCAAAAGGUGUUUGGACAUAUGUGUGUGGUCUUGUCCGUGUAAAACCGACGAAGAGAAGGCAAUUGGGGGUCAGAGGCUUUAA